GGGGGAGUGAUUAUAAAUGCUGAGUGGUGUGAAACUUUUAUUGGGGAAGCCCAAAAGUAAAAUCACUCAAGCUUGCGCUUCAAUCAAUUUUGACAACAUAAUACAAUGUGGAGUCCGGUAAUUGUUUAAGUGAUUGCAGGUCGCGAAAAGUUCAAAAGAAUCAAACUCGUAAAAUUGUGGAAGUGGAAGUAUACAUUUCUUUGUCGGAAUGGGUUAUGCACUUUUGUUCAUGUUAUUUGAGGUUACACCAUUACAGCUGUAGUGCUGAACCCUGGAAAGCAAAAACACACAAAGGACUGCACAACCCUUUUGCAGUCCUUUUACAUUUUGAGUGUCAUUAUAAUAUACUCCCUCCAUUUGAUUAGAUUUAAUUUAUUUUACAAUUUAUAUGUGAAAAAUUGUAAGUGUACUCUCUCUAUGAUGUCCAAUCUUGUUUGUCUGUCAUAUCAAUGGUUUUCCGUGUGUAGGUAAUCUUCAUUAGACAUCUUACCUAGCCUCACUAGCUUUACAUGUUAAUAUACUGUCAUGAUCCUAAUGGCAUACUCUCUAGUCUCUAUGCAGUGGUGUAGUUAUAGCUGAAAGUGUUCUCAGCAGCGGCAUCAUAUUUAAAACCCACGAAAAUUCUUGGGGUUAUCUGGUCCUUCUGUAUGUGCUUGUUCUAGUAGCUAGAGCAAUUGUGGUUGGAGUAUUGUUUCCAUUUAUGCAAUAUUUUGGUUAUGGUCUGGACUGGAGAGAAGCCAUUGUUCUUUUCUGGUCUGGCCUGCGUGGGGCUGUAGCACUGGCGCUGUCACUCUCUGUUAAGCGUUCCAGUGAUAAUUCACCAUAUAUCUCUCCCGAUACUGGAGAUUUGUUUGUCUUUUUGACAGGUGGAAUCGUGUUUCUUACACUGAUUGUGAAUGGAUCUACUACACAAUUUAUUUUACAUUUUCUUAAGAUGGAUAAUCUUUCGCCAGCAAAGAAACGGAUAUUGAAUUACACAAAGUAUGAAAUGUUAAAGAAGGCACUGGAAUCCUUUGGUGAUCUUAGGGAUGAUGAAGAACUAGGACCAGCUGACUGGACUACUGUUAGAAGAUACAUAAAGAGCCUAAAUGAUGCGGAUGGUGAACAGAUACACCCUCAUUCUCUAUCUGAAAAUAAUAAUAUUCUGGACAGUAUGAAUUUGAAAGAUAUUCGAGUCCGCUUUUUAAAUGGUGUUCAGGCAGCUUACUGGAUCAUGCUUGAUGAGGGAAGGAUCAACCAAACUACAGCUAAUCUUCUAAUGCGAUCUGUUGAGAAGAUAGGGUUACUAGAAAAAAAGGAGAUGAUUCACCUUCCUGAUGCUGUCCAGACUGACUUGAAAAAAUUCCUAAGAAAUCCACCUUUGGUGAAAACUCCCAAAAUAAAGGAUCUGAUAUCAGCAAAUCCUCUGCUGGGAGCACUACCAGCCACAGCACGUGAGGCACUAGCAGGAUCUACAAAAGAAAUAAUGAGACUAUCUGAAACCACCCUUUAUAAGGAGGGAUCAAAGGCAACUGGUAUCUGGUUAUUGUCAAAUGGAGUGGUGAAGUUCCUGCACCCAACAUUUACUCAUGGGAGUACUCUGGGACUGUAUGAAGUGCUUGCUGAAAAGCCCUACACCUGCGAUAUUGUUACCAACUCUGUGGUGAUGUGCUUCUUUAUUGAGACUGAAAAAAUACUCUCUGUAUUGAGAUCUGAUCCUGCCGUGGAAGAUUUCUUUUGGUGGGAAAGUACUAUUAUUCACGUUAAAAUCAUGCUUCCUCGUGUGUUUGAGAAAAUGUCAAUGCAAGACCUGCAAAUGCUUAUUGCUGAAAGAUCAAUAUUGAAUGUAUACAUCAGAGGGGAGAGUUUUGAGUUACUCCCUCAAUCUGUCGGUUUCCUAUUGGAAGGUUUCAUAAGAAAACAAGGUGGGCAAGAAGAGAUGCUUACAGCUCCCGCAGCUAUUUUGCCGUGUCCAGAUCAAAGUUUCUCUCAAUCAGAAACAUUAGCUGGCGCCGGAGCGGGAGGUUCCUAUCAUCAAGUGCCAGUAUAUCAAGUUGAGACGAGGUGAUCAUAUUUGACAUCGCAGGAGUUGAGGCUGGCAGAAGUCUUCAGAAGAGUACAUCUUCGCAUUUGGCUGAUCGUCCCACUGGAACUUUCGGUAGAGAGCAUAGUGGUCUUAUGAAUUGGCCUCUAACAUCUUUUGAAUUCUAGUCGCCGUGAUGGGGAAACUUCAUGUGACAAUGCUGUUUGAUCAGAAGUUCGAGUAAAGUCAGCUCACAGUCUUUCGAAUCCAAGAGUUCCUUCAGUAAAGUCAGCUCACAGUCAACGAACGUCACAAGCAGAUGUUGGUAGUUUGUGUAUACGUAAUCGUUUUCACAAUACUGUUGAUGUUUAUGAUUCACAUUUCACAUACUCCCAUAGCAUGGCAUAAUCUAUACAUAUAUCCUUUUUGUUGUUA